CUUUCCAAAACAAUGAAAAAAAAGAUUAAAGAACAAGUUACAACUACAAAUCUUACAAAUACUUCAGAUACUGAAAAUGCCAACUUUGAUUUUUUUUUUAAGAAGAAAAGAUUUGAAGAAGAAUCUUUAGAAGUUGAUGUUGAG